AGAAUAUCGCAGAUAUUUGCUCGACCAAAGCAAGGACCACGUGUUAUCGGUGCUUCAGAGCGUCAUUGAAUGGCCCCUGCUGCCGUAUGCUUGCCUGAGCACUGAAGCUUCCUACGCGUCGGUGCUGCUGUGGUCUGUCGGCUUGGUCUCAAGUCGCUACACAACGAGCGGACGAUGCUGUCGAGUCACAUGAUGCUCUUCGCCAGUACAGCGUGCAUGUUCGCAGCCCUACAGACAUGUGCGACGAGUGACCACCUGCGACCCAUCUACGUGUUCUCACACAUGACGAACAGCUUGGAGGAGUUCGAAGACUUCUUGGCACAGGGCGUCAACGCCAUCGAGGCCGACAUCUCGUUUGCUCCGAACGGGACGGUGACGAACUUCUACCAUGGUCCGGGCUGCGACAGUGCACGCAAUUGCGAAAGGAAGACCGACGCCGGCACCUACUUCAACCACGUCAAGCGUACUGUGAGCGCAGAAAACGGACGACAUAGGGACAAAAUGCUGCUGCUCUACGUUGACAUCAAACCCAGCAACCUACCCGGAAAAAAAACUAUGUACGCAGCCGGCGUCAGCCUGGCCGAGAAACUCAUGCGUCACCUUUGGAGUGGAGUUCCUCCCAAUCGCAUGGUAAACGUGCUCCUGUCGGUCUUCUGUGUAAGUGAGGUGGAAGUUUUCAGGGGUGCCCUGCAUACGUUGUCCAAGGCUGCAAACCACGCCGACCUUCUUGAGCAUGUGGGUUUCGACGUGAGCGGCAACAAUUUCCUUUCAAGCAUCGCCCUAGCGUUCAAGAAACUAGGCGUGACACGGCAUCGCUGGCAAGGAGACGGCACCACCAACCCGUACAUUGACGUUUACCCGACAGCUCGAAUGUCCUGGGUGACAGCGCGGCGAACCAGCAACGGGUCGGUGCGCAAUUACGUUGACAAGGCCUACGUCUGGACUGCUGACCACACCUUCACCAUCCGUCGAUUCUUGAGGAAGAAAAUUGACGGAAUAGUGUCUAACUCUCCGGGAAACGUCUUGGAAAUUCUCAAGUCAGCUGAAUUUUCGAGCAAGUACAGGCUUGCUAAUAGCCUGGACAAUCCCUGGAAACGAAUUGUUUAGUUGGCAUGCCCACAGGGGGGGGGGGGCAAUUUCUCUUGGGAACACAUCGAAAAUGGAGUGAUAAGCAGAAGUUCUUGUUUUUAUGAUACCACAAUGUUCGUGCCUAUCACAAAUACCAACGGUCAAAAAGAUAUAAUAAAAAUAUUGUCGGGAAGUUUGCAUCCCGUGA